AUGAUCCGCUCUGAUACUCCCUACGAGAUGAUCAUCAUCGGCUGCCGAGCGCCUCAGAAGGGCGAAGAGGCCAUCAAAUCCCCCAAGCAAGAAUCCCCUCAGAUGACCAGCACCCUCACGGUCGUCCAAGUCGACCUCAAAUCCAACUCUUCCAUUUCCGCCGCUCGCGAAUGCAUAACCUCCCGAUACCCCGAAAUCGACGGCCUCAUCAAGCAGGAUUCGACCGUCAACUCCAAGCCGGCGAGAUGGGGGAUCCGCGGAAUCUGA